AUGUCUGAGCCGCGCUCGGGGCCAGUGUCCUUAGCACGAUAUCGGCCCAUCCUCUACCUCUUCACCGGUGUCGCUGCCGCAUACGCCCUCGUCUACAUUCGCAAUAAUGUCAUCUCGUCGCAGUCCUCCUCGCAAGUCCCGCUUCGACGCCGAAACGCCGUGCGCCGCCACAGAAGAUCAGACACCGAGGAGCUGAGAAUCAUAGACACACCAUCCUACCGUGCUAUAGCGCAUUUGGAGCUAUUAGAGCGUCAGAAUGGUGUGUAUGGGACAUUCCGUAUCGAGACGGAAGAUGGAAGGCGGGUGGAGAGCGGACUUCUACCCUCACUCCUCGCGACUCGCGACCAGCUGAUGGAAGAGGUCGGUGUCCCCCAAGACCACGCUGAGCGCAUGCGCGAGAUGAUGGAAGACACAUUUCUCGAAUCUUUCCUAGCGCUUGAUUUCCCAUCGGUGCAUAUCUUGCCAGAGAACAGUGCCGAACGAACUUAUCUGACGGAGCAGUUGCAACGACGAGGAAUCUCAGGUGCGGGAAUUGAGAGGGCGCUGACACGGUUCAAUGCGGAUGAUAACUACGGCGAUGAACUUCGACGUCGACGUCAGAAUGGGGAACGUGUGACUCUCUCCACGUCAACUUUCCCCGAUGUGGCAGCGCCGCCCCAAAACCCGGAGGGUGGGGAAACAGUGGUUGAUGAUCAGAGCGUUUUCUCUUGGAGAGACGGGAAUAACGACUCUUCCCCCACGCGGGAAGGUCAAAAUCUGCUCAACUUGCUGUACCAUAUUGCAGAGGACCAGGCGCGGCGGGAUGGCUAUAUCCAUCGGGGAGUGACUUGCAAUAGCUGCGGCGCCAUGCCUAUCCAGGGUAUCCGCUAUCGCUGCGCCAAUUGCAUUGAUUACGAUCUCUGCGAGACGUGCGAGGCAUUGGGAGUACAUAUCAAAACACACUUGUUCUAUAAAGUCCGCAUCCCCGCCCCAUUCCUAGGAAACCCGCGCCAAUCCCAGCCUGUUUGGUACCCUGGAAAGCCUACAAUGCUGCCACGCAACCUGCCGCGUCCUUUAGCAAAGCGUCUCAUGCGUGAAACCAGCUUUGAAAACACCGAGCUCGAUGCUCUCUGGGAUCAAUUCCGCUGCUUGGCAAACUACGAGUGGGCCGACGAUCCAAACAAACUUUACAUGGCCAUUGACCGCAAGACAUUCGACCGAUGCUUCGUACCCAAUACGUCUAUUCGCCCGCCUCCUCCAAGUCUCAUCUAUGACCGCAUGUUUGCUUUCUACGACACAAAUAACGAUAACCUUAUUGGUUUUGAGGAAUUCCUGAAAGGCCUAGCCAGUCUAAACAACAAGAGCAACGAUGAAAGGCUGCGUCGUGUCUUUCGUGGAUACGAUAUUGAUGGUGAUGGAUAUGUGGAACGGAAAGAUUUCCUUCGAGUUUUCAGAGCCUAUUACACUCUUAGUCGAGAACUCACUCGUGAUAUGGUUGCCGGCAUGGAAGAUGAUUUCCUCGAAGGUUGUGCUCGUGAUGUUGUUCUUGGUAGCCAACCUAUUAGCUCUGCGUUCCCAGGCAGCAUUCCCUCUGGUGAAGUCUCACGAAUUGGCGAAGGCAAGCGCAUUAACCAAGAAGGCGAUAUGGAGAUCGUUGACAACGGGGGAAUCCUUCGACGGGACGGCAUCGAUUCUGGGAAUCGACAUUCCGUUGUCGGGGAUGCUUCUGUCAGAGAGCAAUUUGGUCGUACCAGGCCGUUGUUCCCAUCCACAUUACGUCUUCCCAAUACUGCCACUGAGCCUCAGCAACCUGGUCCCACACAGGGUGAUGAGGUCGAGGAGGACGAGGACGAGGACGCAAGUGACUCCGACGAGUCAAGCUCGUCGGCUGUCAGUGGCAAUUGGCCGCCACCAGAGCACGUCAAUGCUGAAGACAUAAUCGAAGCCCUCGGAACGUACGUGCCCCCUCAGGAAAUAACCGACCCGGUCGACAGAGCUCGUAUCGUGACAGCCGUUUACAACAGAAUGCGUGACGAUGACCGGAGACGAAUCGAGGAGACCCGCCGCCAUGGAAUCGAUGAACGCUGGCGGCGUAGGGCGUUUUAUACCGAUGAGGAGGAUGGCGCCACUAUACCCGACGGCUACCAACCAGACCCUACCUUCAAUGAUGACCUGACUGAUGAAGCCUCUAUGGACGAACCAUCCGCUAUCGAAUCACACCCGCCAUCACCACGCUCCCGGUCUUCGUCUAAGGUCCGCUUCGAGGAUGAUAUCGCGGACGAUUAUGAUGUGCGGUCCAAUCCCUCGACAUCUUCUCGUAGUAUCCCAGUUGGUGAGCGUUGGGGUGGCUUUGAGAUUCCCGAAGUUGAGCGGGAUGUCGGCAAGGAAAUUUUGUACCAGGUCACGCAACAAGGCUUCAAUGAGCUUCUCGAUGUCCUUUUCAAACCAAAGGAAGACUUGAUGAUGGAAGUUCACCGAACGCGGGCCGAUCGCAAAAUUUGGGCCCAUGAGAUUGAACAACUCGAGAACUCGCGCUCUCAGAAGAUAUCACUCCCCGCCAAAGAUGGAGUCGUGUUUCCAAAGGAUGAAGAGCAUCUUCAAGAGAUCACAGGCGGCAGAUCGCUGGAUGAUCUCUUGAGUCAUGCUGGGUAUGCGGUGCACAGCCCGACUUUGGAGCCUGUAGAUGCUCAACCGGUCUUGGCACCUCCAUUGUCAGAUGGCAUGACACCAGAUGAUGAUGUGCGACCAACUCAUCUUGCCGAUCCUGAGCACGAGGAUGGACUUGGUCACAAUCAGCCUUUUGAGGAGGACGACGACGAUGAUGACGAAACAGCAUCCAUUGCUAGCUCAUUCGAUGUGGCAGACCAAAUUUCCAUCUCCCAGUACGCUUCUUUCGAGGUGUCCUCCAAUGUCGAACCUGAGUCUAGCAUCGACGAAAUAUCCGACAACGAUCCCACGCUCCCACAAUUCCGCCCUGACUUCGACGCGGUCCGUCCGCGUCUCUCUUUCGUUGAAGAACCUAUGGUGGCACCAACCGAUGAAGACAGUAUCUUGUCACCCUCUGAUCUUCCCAGCCGACUCCGCCUACAACCAAAUAGCACCACCUCCCUCCCGGCACCCUCCUCUCCCCACUCAUCCUCACCAGAAGCCGAGGAAACCGCUCCAAAACCCCCUCCUUCACCUAUGCAACCACUUCCACCUCCCCCCAAAUCAAAGAGUCCGCCACACAAGGCUGUCGCUCCGCGUCAACCCACUUCACGAACUCUAGCCCGGUGGGCCUACCUAAAUCGCCUCGAGCGUGAGGCUAAGGAACGUGGUGGUAGCGGGGCCAAACUCAACUUUGAAGAGUUCUCGCGUCGGAUGGCAGCUGAUAAGGGCCGUCGUCUAGCUUUCGUGGCAACUUGGAUUGAGAUGGCUAGCUUUUGA